AUGGAGAAAUCCGGUUUGCUGAAGGAGCUGCAGCGCGAUCUAGCGCGUAAAUAUCGGCUUCAUGGGCCGAAGAUCGAGGAAAUAUGGCACUCCCUUGGCAAGGGACAACGGGAGAGGGUCUCGAGAGCGGGUGCCGCCGAAGGCCAAAUGCUGAAGUCCCCUAUCGAUAGAUCCUUGGGCAAUGUUUACAAGUUCAUCCCUGAUUGGAACCUGCGAGACAUCUCCAAUCCGGAUUCCGACUAUCUGCUGGAUUGCCUGAAACACCGCGCGACGAAGUCUUUAUGUGAGCAAUACAUCGAAGGUGUCCACGGUGGCCCGGGUGACUUCGAGGUCAUAGUUAAGAGCAUGCAUGUCCAUGGUCUGAAACAUGUGGAUCCCUUCCGCUAUAGCUUCACGUUGUUCAUGGACGAAGAGCAAUAUGGACAAUCCUUUACGGCCUCUGACCGGGUCAAGUAUGAAGAAACAAUGGCGGCGAUGAAAGCUGGUGUGGAUGCUGGCUUGAUUCUUCCUCAAUCGACGGGCGAGCUUAUUUUGGAAAGACAGUCUAUCCUAUUAACGUCCAUGAACAUUGUGAUUCAGGACAUCCUUGAAGCUGGCUCUACCUUCGAGACGAAAGGUCGCUCCAAAAAGUCAGAGAAGGCAGCACGUGAGGCUAUGUCCAAACUUGCAAUCGACCAGAAGCCAGAAAAGCUCUCACUGGAGGAGCUGGCUGCAUUGUCUCUUGACCAGAAAUCAGCAUUGGAGGACUAUGUGCGUCUUUGUCGGACAGAGCCCGAGUUCCUUACUCACGCUGUCAACGCUUGGUUCUUCAGUCGACCCGAGCUGGUCGCAGACGAAAAAGGUCGACGAUUGCCCUUGAUCACGGACAAAUAUAUUAGCAUCGCAUUUUUCGAGAUGAUCCACAAUGCUGUGUCCGAGGUUGACUUAUCGGGAUUUGCAGUCCCCAUCGAUAAUCUUAUCGAGCCGGGAAUGGCCCAAGGUGCGCUGACCACGCUUGAUGGAUUUAUAUCCAACAACACAGGGGCAGAGAUAGGCUUCCUCUAUCAGGAUAUGAACGAGGAAUGCCUGUUGGACUUGCUUCUGCAAGUCCAACAGCAGAAGGAGAAGAACGAACAGGUAGCACAGGCUCAGCUUGCUUCGUUAAUCCCUGAAGCGCCUACCCGGGAAAUGCAAAUUGAACAGCGCAAGGAAAAGACCAAAACACGCCCGCCACAUUCAUCCGUGUACAGUAUCACCCCAACGACAGCUCCUACGACGCAACCAGAACCUGCAGUGCCGUCCCAAGCAUUCAAAGUAAAGCCAUCCUUCCUAGAGGUAUUCUCGACCCUUUUCUCCAAACAGAGAGAACGGAGCUCAAUCACCUGGGCUGCGUUUCAAGCAGCUAUGGCGCACAUGAAAUUCUCUGUCGUGCCAAAGACUGGGUCGGUUUAUACGUUCUCCCCUCCCGAAGGCUUCAAUGUCCAAAGGUCUAUCACGCUCCACAGACCGCAUCAGUCCCGUGUCGAGGGCUGGCGACUUCUUUAUAUUGCGAGUCGUCUGAAGAGAGAAUAUGGAUGGGAUGAGAAGUCAUUCGAGACAGAAUGA